AUGGACAUAGUGCAAUUAUAUUUCGACCCGAGAUUUUCUGAUGACUUUGUCUUAAAUGAUUUUGUCAUGAUAACCAAUGUAACGCCAUCAGGUGAAAACAUACAUCGAAUGCACGAUAGGUUAUCAAGGAUAAAUGAAACACAGGUUACUGACAGUGGUACACGAAAAUUUUUGAAACUAUCGCCUACCAAAAACCCUACAGACAGUGAUGUCUCUAUUGAUAACUGUGAAGAAGAAGAAGAUUUUGAAAUACUGAUUCAAGCCGUCUCUUGGUCCAGACAACAGACAUGGCUAAUAACUGGAGAUAGUGAGGAGUUGGAGAUUGACACCGAUACUUUAAUGAAUUUGUUUAGUGUGCCAUAUAAAAGUAGAAAUGUUAUCAAUAAAACUUUAAAAGGCACCAAGCGAGCGAAUCAAAUUAUUGCCGUAAGACUGGAAAAGACAAUUGGAAUUAAAUACAAUUCAUGUCAAUAUUUGUACACUUAUAAACUACUAGAUAUUAAGUGUAAAUUAUCACAGAAUAAAAGUGAAUCGUGA